GGCGGAGGCAGAGGCGGAGGCGGCACCUAGGGGCCAAGGCAGGGGAAGCCGGGACCAUCGCAGUGACAGUUUAUUUUCCUGCGGCGGCGGCAGCAGGGACGGCUGCUGCAGGAUCAGGAUCCGCAGGCCUGCGCGUGGGUUUCCGGGGAAGGGAAGGAGAGGAGGAGAGGAAAGCACGCUGCUCCAGCGAGUCGAACUAGCAAAGCUCCAUCAGUCCGCAGAGAAGAGGAGGAGGGUUGGCGAAGGCAAGGGAGCCAGAGCCUGUUCGCUGGGUGCCAUAUCACCCAGCUGCAGUGCCGUCUAGCAAAAGCCACCGCGGCCCGGGCUGCAGCGGCCAGACGGAUGCCAAGGCCACACGGCAGGCGCGGGGACAGCCGCUGCAGUCGCCGUCCCACGCGGGCUCCGGACAUUAGGGGCUGCUGAUGAAGUGAUUGAGAAGAAACAGUAAACGCCUUCAUUCUGUGACCAGCGCGACAUGGAUCAGCCAUUCACUGUGAAUGCUCUGAGAAAGUUAGCCGCCAUGCCUGACCAUACAGACGUUUCCCUCAGCCCGGAAGAGCGAGUCCGCGCCCUCAGCAAGCUGGGUUGUAAUAUUACCAUCAACGAAGACAUCACUCCGCGCCGCUACUUUCGAUCCGGAGUAGAAAUGGAGAGGAUGGCCUCGGUGUAUUUGGAAGAAGGAAACUUGGAAAACGCCUUUGUUCUUUAUAAUAAAUUUAUAACUUUGUUUGUAGAAAAGCUUCCCAGCCAUCGAGAUUACCAGCAAUGUGCGGUACCCGAAAAGCAGGACAUUAUGAAGAAACUGAAGGAGAUUGCAUUCCCAAGGACAGAUGAAUUGAAAAAGGACCUUUUAAAGAAAUAUAACGUACAAUACCAAGAAUAUUUGCAAAGCAAAAACAAAUAUAAAGCUGAAGUUCUCAAAAAACUGGAGCAUCAGAGAUUGAUAGAGGCGGAAAGGAAGCGGGUCGCUCAGAUGCGCCAGCAGCAGCUGGAAUCGGAACAGUUUUUGUUUUUUGAAGAUCAGCUCAAGAAGCAAGAAUUAGCCCGGGGUCAGAUGCGAAGCCAGGAAACCCCAGCACUGUCGGAGCAGACUGAUGGGAGUGCUUUGUCCUGCUUCUCCACUCACCAGAACAAUUCCUUGCUGGAUGUAUUUGCAGAUCAGCCUAAUAAAAGUGAUGCAACCAAUUAUGCUGGCCACUCUCCUCCGGUAAACAGGGCCUUAAAACCAGCUGCUACUCUAAGUGCUGGUCAGAAUUUAGUGGUGGAAGGACUGCGAUAUGUAGUUUUAUCAAGAGAUCUUUGCCACAGAUUUCUGCUGCUGGCAGAAUCUAAUACAGUGAGAGGAAUAGAAACCUGUGGAAUUCUCUGUGGAAAACUGACGCAUAAUGAAUUUACUAUUACCCACUUAAUUGUGCCAAAGCAGUCUGCGGGACCAGACUAUUGUGACGUGGAGAAUGUAGAGGAAUUAUUCAGUGUUCAGGAUCAACACGAUCUCCUCACUCUAGGAUGGAUCCACACACAUCCGACCCAGACUGCAUUCUUAUCCAGUGUUGACCUCCACACUCACUGUUCCUAUCAGCUUAUGUUGCCAGAAGCGAUUGCCAUUGUUUGUUCACCAAAGCAUAAAGACACUGGCAUCUUCAGGCUCACAGACGCUGGCAUGCUUGAGGUUUCUGCGUGUAAAAAGAAGGGCUUUCAUCCACAUACCAAGGAUCCCAGGCUGUUCAGUAUCUGCAAACAUGUGUUGGUAAAAGACAUAAAAAUAAUCGUGCUGGAUCUGAGGUGAUAACGCCCAACGACUAGCACCGUCAGUGCCAGACACUUAAACCCAUGGACCCGUGGUUGCUGGAUUUUCUUAAGAUGUUUCCAGAAAUGACUGAUAUUUUAUAUUUAUACAUUUUAGAUCAGAAAGUUUGAUAUUUAUUACUUUUGCACAUUUUGAAGCUUUCUUUUUGGGUUGCUCUGUCUCAAGAGAGGUCACGAUGGUGUUAGAUCAGUACCUAUUAAUGUACCCAAAUCCUAUGAGCAGAUAAUAAAUUGUGCUGCAAACAACAA